AUGCCAAACGUCCCCGGGUCUAGGUGCACCUGUUCUCCGGAGGGGCUACCCAAGGGAAUUGGCCCAGUGAGACAACAGUCCCUGAAAGUGAACCUGGAGAAGGAGAGGCAGCACGCUUCUGUUCCCAGCCGUACCCAGAAAAGAGCGGCUCCUGAAGGCCAGUCACUGUUAGAGGGGGAUGCUGGGACCUAUAUCCCUCCAAACCCCGAAGCCCGGCGCGCGCUGGACCUGGGAGUCGCCCAGCACCCUCCGGGCGCGCGGACCGCUGCUGCGUGGGACCGGCCAGGAGCGCUCCCCCGCCAGCACCUCCUGCCAGACCAGUCUCUUUGUUUGGCCAAAGGCGGAAAGAGCAGUUUCAAGCUGGAUGUUCCUCCCAACCAGAGGCGAAAGUCUACGCGAAAAAAAGGACUUGGUCAUCCCCCCAGCCUCUCCUCCCCCAAGUUCCUUUUUUUGAAAGAUUGUGGGCGGAGCACAUUUCAGGUGCUGGGUAAUUGGUUAGCGUCCCGGCGAGGACUGGAGCUCAAAAGCCGCGAGGCUCCCCGGGCCCUCGCCGUGGUGGAGCCCAGCUCGCCCGGGUUUCGGGCCGCAGAACCGCACGAGGCUGAACGCGGCGCACGAGGGAGGCGCGCUCUGGGCCGGGAGCCUCGGGAUGCAGGCGAUAAAGAAUCUGUCCUUUCAGGGUGGUGUAAGGAUUACCUUCAAUCACUUAUUAUGGAUGCUUUCCAUGAUAAAGGAUUUGAGAAAAUAAAAGAGUAUUUUCAACAGAGAGAAAGCCGCGUUCCUCAAAAAUACAAUCAUCUUGUAUUCUAUUAUCUUGACAGAUCCAUAAAUAAGCAACUGGAGAAAAAUGAAUUUCGGCAUGUUUCGCUGUUGCUGAAAUGUCUUCAACGAUUCUUCAUUGACGGCCUCAAAGAAGAGGAGCCUUUGCUGAUUGAGCAGGGACUAAUCCCAAAGAUGGUUUCCUGGUUUGAAAAAACAACCGCACUUCUGACCACGGCAGAGUCAGCGUCCGACACAUCCCUCACUGAUGUUAUAGAAGACUUCUUUGACACAGCCUUGAUUAUUUCCAGGAGUAGUAGUAAAGGGAAAAUGCAGAUUUUGGAUUCCUUCAUAUUUACCUUAGGGUUUCUGGUGACAGAAAAGACUGUAAGUCAUCUGAUUCAACAGGAGGCUUUGAAAACUUUGAACUCCAUUUUGCAUGACAUGCCUCAGGAAGAGCGAAGACGACUCCCUUUGUUGGAAGGCCCAAGUCGUCUUAUGAAAGACCUUGCGAGGACAAUCUUGACUGUGGGUGAUUAUGACCAGCAGGUUGCACUUUCUGAAGCAUUGUGUAGACUGACCUUGAAGAAAUCAAGGGCUGAGCUUGUUCAUGAGUGGUUUGAAGAUGAUGUCCUUGCUGAAGCUUUCAAAGAAAUUAAAGAUCGAGAAUUUGAGACGGAUAGUAGACGGUUUCUCAAUUACCUAAAUAACCGACUUGGUGAUAAGAGAAGGGUCUAUUCAUUUCCGUGUAUUGCUGCUUUUGCUGAUGGGCAUGAGAUGAGAAAACCAGAAGAUGAAAAACUAGAGAAAUUUUGGAUUGACUUCAACCUCGGAAGUCAGAGUGUCACUUUUUAUAUAGACAAUAGUAAGAGUGCUCUAUGGGACUCAGUAAGACUUCUGAAGGAAGCAGUGGUUAAUUUCAGCGUACUAGAAACUGAAAAUAGGAAGAUCCUCAUUAUUUGCCUGAAGAAAGCUAUUAAUAUUGACAACAAAGAAGUGAUGAAAAUAGAGGUCCACUUUGAUUCGCAAUUCAACAUAUCACAAGCUUCCAUUGAAGCUUUAGGAGAAGACAGACAGAUGUUGCCUGACCAGACGAGAAGCUCCUCAGAACUUUCUAGUAAAUUUGAGAAAGAAGACCUUGAUGUUCCUAGCACCCUUGAAAGAGAGACAGACCAGAAAGAAGAAUCCACCAAGCUGGCAGAGUUAAUGAGUGCCAAAGAUGACCAAUGCCCAAUAACUCUCCCCUUAAAUGACCAGUCUGAGCCUGUCGUGAGUAUAGGAUGCUGGCUUAAUUACAGGAAACACAUCUUCUCGGAGAGUAAUAAAGAUUCAAGUAGUAGCACCAGUGAACGAUCUUGGACCAGCAACCAAAAAAAGAAAUCCCUAAAACCAUAUUCUGGUAGAAAAAAGACAAGAAUCAGAAACAGCGUAAGAGUUUUGCCAUUUUCCCCUCCCAGCAGUGGCAGUGACCAUGAGAAAGACCAAGCUAAACUUCUAACACCAUCAUGGAAGGAAACCUCCAAGCAGAAUAAUUCCACACUUCUAAAAAUUUCUGUAACAAAAUUUCAGGGUAAUUCUGACUUUUUAACUCCUGAAGAUUCUGCCCAGAAAACAGAACAUCAAAGUCCCCACCUGCCGAGCGAUCUGUCAUCCUUGGAGCAUUCAGAGGUUGAAGAAAAUAUAUCGAAGGAAAACACUGUAGACCAAGAAUCCUUGAUGAAAACUCCUAGCUUCAAACAUAAACUGCAAAGCUUGGAAGACGGAGACCUAGCAGAUGGCAGUUUUGCUAAGUCAAAACAGUCAAAAUUGGAAGAAGGUGAUGCUCCAGAGUCCCUCCCCUCAGUGACGGAAGAGACCGACUUAGCAGAAGGCAUUCCUACUCCAUCCCUAGUGGUUGUGCCCGAGAAUUUGAAGAGUUCUGCUGUUCUCCCAGCCCUCGAAAACUUCACUAGAGAACUGCAAAGGAAAUCAGAGCUUAGGUACGAAGGGAGUCCACUUUAUUCAGAAGAUGCCAAGCAAGCACCAGACUGCUUAAUCCGACUUUUAAACCAGAUACGUCAAUGCAGACUGAAUAAACUAGAGCAGUUUCACAGUUUUGUUCUUCAAGAGCUAAACAGUCUUGAGAAGGAAAUUCAGACUCUGAAACACCUUGAGAAGGAUGUUCUGGAAUUUUGGGAAAAACAGUCUGAUGACUUGAAAUCAUUCUGCGAUCUCCAAGUACUGAGGUAA